AGCAUUCGUGGCCGGUUACUGCUGUGCCCAGUACCGUAUCGUCAGUGAAUGAGAAUGGAUUUUACCGGCAAGAUUGUACUUAUCACCGGAGCUAGUUCGGGAAUCGGAGCUUCAACGGCUAAAUAUCUCACAAACCUUGGUGCCACCUGUGUACUUGCUGCGCGCAACGAAGCAAAGCUUGAUGAAGUCCGCCGCGAAUGUGUCUCGGUUGGUAAGACAGAACCCCUUACCGUCGUGACCGACGUCACAAAGCGCGAAGAUCUUGAACGAUUGGUCCGUUUGAUCAUUGCCAAGUACGGUCGGUUGGAUGUGUUGGUGAACAAUGCUGGUAAGGGAGCGUCAGGCAGCAUCGAGCAAGCCGAUCUAGAACAGUUCGAUGAUAUUCUCGAUACGAAUCUACGGUCGGUGUUUGCACUUACCAAGCUGGCCCUGCCGCAUCUGCUCGCCGUAAAGGGUAACGUCGUGAAUGUGUCCAGUGUGGCCGGUACUAAUUCCUUCGUAAAUGCCCUAUCAUACUGUGUUUCGAAAUCGGCGCUCGAUCAAUUCACCCGCUGUACAGCGCUUGAUCUUGCAUCGAAAGGUGUGCGCGUAAACUCCGUCAAUCCGGCGGUAAUUGUGACGAACUUCCACAAAGCGAUCGGUAUGGAGGAUGAAGCUUACGCUGCCUAUCUGAAGCACUGCGAAACAACACACCCGUUGGGACGCGUUGGAACGGGGGAAGAGGUGGCCGCAUCGAUCGCUUUCCUGGCCUGUGAGGCGACGGCUAGCUUCAUUACCGGCACCUGUCUGCGGGUGGAUGGUGGAAAACAUAUUCUUACGCCGCGUUAAAACACCAUUCAAUAAACCUUCUGUUUUCAAUUACAAGUUCGAACAAUUGUGUAAAGCAUCUAAAAGAAAAUAGGAAAAAAGAAUUUAUUUCACAGAAAAA